CAGUGCGCCUGUGUACGUAGCUGAAAAGCUCCCAUGGUGUGUGUUGAAUGGCGUAUGGACUACUCUUCCUUUACGAUCCGAGAGCCACACAAGUGCACCAAACCAGCUGUACCGCGUGUGUACGUAAAGGUUAAAAUCGAAAAUAAACCAUCAUUAAAUAUAAGUAUCAAAAAUUUUAAAGAAAUAUGGAUGUAAAUCAACAGAAAGAAACAAAAGAAAAAGAAAAUUUGUCUGAUACAUUUAAUAUAUUUCAUUUGAAAAGUGAAGGAAAGAAAUAUUUAGACGCAGAAACUGCAGCCUAUCAGUUAAAACAACACAAAUCACGAGAUUCAGAAACAAAAUGGUUAAAGACGGCAUUACAGCAGGGUACUACUUCAGACAAAAUAGCAGCUAGUGUAGUAUUGGUGCAGGAUAAUCCAAAAUGUAAUCUUGGUCGAUUGGCAUCUUUGAUAUCUCAAGUACGAGGAGCCAAGCACAAUCAGUACAGAAUGUUAAUCACAUCUCUUAAAGAACUCUUUUUGAAUAAUUUGUUAGAUCCCAAGCGUAAACUGUUAAAAUUUGAAGAACAGGAGUUUGCUAAACUUUCAACAGAAAGUGCAUCAGAUUCUACUUCAAAGAGUAAAGCUGAAAGAAAUCAGUUGUUAGUACAAUGGUACUUUGAGGAUCAACUUCGUGAACAAUAUGAACGUUUUAUUUUGAAUCUAUCUGCAGUAGCCUCUGAUACGGUAGAAACAAACCGAGAAAUAGCUAUAUCUGCAAUGACUGAUUUAUUAAUCGGUAAUGCUGAGCAAGAGCGCAAGCUUUUGGAAUUAAUUGUAAAUAAAAUUGGUGAUCCUAGCCAUAAGGUGGGAUCUAAAGCUGUGUUUUGUAUCACUAAGUUAUUACAUGAGCAUCCAAAUAUGAAAUUUGUAGUUCUACGAGAAAUUGAAAAACUGCUCUUCAGAAAGAAUGUAUCUGAACGUACCAAGUAUUAUGCUAUAUGUUUAUUGAUACAGUUUGUCUUAGAUAAAGAUGAUGAAAAAAUAGCUGAUACACUAUUACAAAUAUAUUUUGCAAUUUUUAAAGCUUGUUUAAAAAAAGGAGAACCCGACAGUAGGAUGAUGGCAGCAAUUUUGAUGGGUGUUAAUAGAGCCUAUCCAUUUGCUAAAGCAGAUUCAGAAAUUCUACUUGAACACAUUGAUUCUGUUUAUAAAGUAGUACAUCUGGGGACAUUUAAUGUUUCUCUUAAUGCACUUUGUCUGCUACAUCAAGUCACUAUGAGAGAUGAGUCUCAGGGAAACAGAUUUUAUUCAGCCUUCUAUAGAAAAUUACUUGAUCCACAAAUAGGAGUAGCAACUAAACGUGCGACAUUUCUUAAUUUGUUAUACAGAGUUCUUGCAAAAGAUCAAAGUAUAUUACGCUUAUAUGCUUUUAUUAAGAGAAUUCUGCAAGUUGCAUUCUACUUUCCUGCAAACAUGACAUGUGCCACAUUAUAUGUGAUUUCUAAAAUACUUCAUAAACAUAAAAAUUUGACACAUAUGUUACUCACUUCAAAUAUUAAAGUUGAUGUUGAUAAAGAAGAUGUUUGCGAAAUAAAAGUCGAAGACGACAGUGACGAAAUAAAUAACAGAUUAGCAGAUGCGGAAGAUGUAUAUGUAUUAGAAAGAACCGAACCUCAACUGAAAGAUAACAUUAUAUUAUCAAAUGUCACAAUUGACACAGAAAUAAAAUCUGAUGUGAAGAAACAAACUGAUUCAGAAAUUAAAAUAGAGAAUAUAAAAACAUACGAUCCUUUUUGUCGUAAUCCUCUCUAUGCAGGCGCAGCCAAUGGAAUUUGUAUAGAGUUGAGAGUGCUAGCCAAUCAUUUUCAUCCAAGUGUUGCUUUAUUCGCAAAUCUAAUCAUUCAAGGAAAACCAAUUGGCUAUACAGGUGAUCCGUUGGAGGAUCUGACAUUGAUACGAUUUUUGGAUCGGUAUGUUUUUAAAAAUCCAAAGAAAUUGGAAGACAAGAAGGUGCAGAAGAGAAAUGAACCGUUAGCACAACGUGCUGGAUAUACGCCAAGAGGUAUACGUUCACUUCCCGUCGAUAGUGCUGCUUAUCUCAACGAACUUGAGGAGAGAAUACCAGUAGAUGAGGUAUUCCUUCAUCGAUAUUUCAAACAGAAAAGCCAAAUAAAAAAACACAUCAAGAAAGAUGAUGAUGAUAGUGAUGAUGAUGCGGAUAGCGUUAACAGCGAGGAAUUCAACGACAUGCUCGAUCAUAUGAGCGGCAACAAAGACUUUGACGAUGUAGACAUUGCGGCGGAUAUUGUACCUCAAAGAAAGACAAAAGCUAAAAUGGCUGAAGAUUUUGAUGACGAUGAUGAGGAUGAUAACAGCGAUGACGAAGAUGAUACUGAAAAUGAUGAUGAAGAUGAUAAUGGAUCGAAAGAUUUCAUUGAAGAUACUAGUGCAAGUGACAACGAUUUGCAAGAUUUUUCUGACGAUGAAUUAGUUCCAAUUUUAAGUAAAAAGAUCAAAAGUUCAAAAACCAAAGAAAGGAAAACUGGAAAAGGAAUUGAUAAUAAUAUAUUUGUGUCGGCAGAAAAGUUUGCCACAAUGCUAGAAGAGCAAAACAAAUCAAAAAGAAAAUAUGGUAGUAGCAACAUUUUCAGUGACAGAGAUGGCGCCAGUGAAAAACAAAUAGAUUGGGAAAUGAAAAGACUUCAAAAAGUUAAAAGAUCUUUUGGUAACAGAAAACGAAAGCUUGUCCAAGCUAAAAAAGACGUUAAAAGAUUCAAACGAUAAACAUAUUUUGUAGAUAUAAUUUUAUACAAUAUAUUUGUAAUAGUGUAAUGUAGACGAAAAAGAUGGGAAAAACUUAAAAAUGAGUAAAGAUACACAGCAUAUAUUGCAGUUAAAUGUUAUUUAAUAUAAUAAUUCUAAUACAGAAGUUUUCAUAAAAUACAAAAUUCUCACAUCGCGCAAGAUUUAAACUUUAAGUGAAGUAUAUUUUUAAUACAGAAACAGAAAAAACUAUAUGCAAUUGUGUUGAUAGUCUAAAACUAUUCCGAGUUUCUUUUUUUUUUAGAAGUUUAUAUUGCCAAUAUUUGUUGUAUUUUUUUAACUUUGGCUUGGCAAUUAUAGAAUUUAGCUUUUGUAUUUUAAUUUUGAAUGAAAUUAUUCAAGAUGUACAUAGUAAUUAAUAUACACAAUCUUUUUGCUAAAUGAGAAUAUAAUGAAAAUAGCAAAAAUUAUGUACAGGUAGUGAGAUAUAUAUUUAAUAUAUAAUUAUUUUUCUUUUUAAUUUUCUACACGUAGUAGAGAAU